UUAGGGGUUUUGUCCUUUUUUUCAAUUUCUUGCCAAACUAUAAUACGGUGCUUUCGCUGCACCGGACCUAAAAGUGCAAACUAAGCUGCAAUACCAUUUUUCUUCUCUCCUCUGUUCUGCCUCUAUUCUUUCUUUCUUUUUUUUUUUUUUUUCUGUUACACCCUGCAUCAAUGGCAACAAGCUUGAACUUCUUCCCCGAGACCUCAGAACCCAAAACUACUCAUCUUCCUGACUGGUAUUCACCAGAAACAAGAAUCUAUUCCAGCACGUAUUCCUCUAUAUCUCUCCCAACUGAUCCAUUUCUUGACGUUGUUUCCUUCAUUUUCUCUCACCAACAUGAUGGGGUUACUGCUUUGAUUGAUUCCUCAUCUGGGUAUUCAAUAUCUUACUCAAAGCUAUUACCUUUGGUCCAAUCAAUGGCCUCAGGUCUCCACCACCUCGGUGUUUCCCAAGGGGAUGUGGUCUUGCUUUUGUUGCCAAAUUCUGUUCAUUUCCCCAUUAUUUUCUUCAGCGUUUUAUAUUUGGGUGCAAUUGUUACCACCAUGAAUCCACUAAGUAAUAUGAUGGAGGUCAAGAAACAAAUUGUUGAUUGUGGUGUGCGUUUUGCAUUUACUCUACUUGAAAAUGUUGACAAACUUCAGAAAUUGGGUGUUCAUGCAAUUGGGGUACCAGAAAACAUGGACCUGGAUUCAGAAAAGACUGGUUUUUUAUCUUUUCGUAAGCUUAUUGGGGGCCAAUUUGGUAAGGCGCCAAGGCCUGUGAUUAGGCAGCAGGACACGGCGGCAAUAAUGUAUUCAUCAGGUACUACAGGCGUUAGCAAGGGAGUUGUAUUAACACAUGGGAAUUUUAUAGCAAUGACUGAGCUUUUUGUAAGAUUUGAAGCUUCACAGUACGAAUAUUCAAGUUCAAAGAAUGUGUAUUUAGCUGUUCUUCCAAUGUUCCAUAUAUAUGGAUUAUCACUUUUCGUGGUUGGAUUAUUGUCAUUGGGUUCUAGCAUUGUUAUCAUGAGGAGAUUUGAUGCCAGUGAACUGGUGAAAGUAAUUGAUGACUAUGGAGUUACUCACUUUCCAGUUGUUCCACCUAUACUGACAACAUUGACAAUGAGAGCCAAGCAUGUUUGUGAAAAUAGCUUGCAGAGUUUAAAACAGGUUUCCUGUGGUGCUGCUCCUUUGAGCAGGAAAACCAUAUUGGACUUUGUUCAGGCUCUUCCUCAUGUUGAUUUCGUUCAGGGCUAUGGCAUGACUGAAUCAACUGCAGUAGGAACUCGUGGCUUCAACAAUGAAAAACAUCACAAUUAUUCUUCAAUAGGACUUCUAGCACCAAACAUGCAAGCUAAAGUGGUAGAUUGGAAUUCUGAUUCUUCUUUGCCUCCUGGCUUUCAUGGCGAGCUUUGGCUAAGAGGACCUGCAAUUAUGCAACGAUACAUAAAUAAUGUUGAGGCCACCAAUAUGACAAUUGACAAAGAUGGUUGGCUGCGUACUGGUGACAUUGUUUGUUUUGAUGAAGACGGGUAUUUGUAUUUAUCUGACCGCUUGAAAGAGAUUAUAAAAUACAAGGGCUAUCAGAUCGCCCCUGCUGAUUUAGAGGCUGUAUUGAUUUCCCAUCCCGAGAUACUAGAUGCUGCUGUAACUUCAGCCGCUGAUGAAGUAUGCGGUGAGAUUCCUGUGGCAUUUGUGGUGAGGAGGCACGGUUGUACACUGACCAAAGGAGCUGUCAUAGACUUCGUGGCUAAUCAGGUUGCACCUUAUAAGAAAGUAAGAAGGGUGGUGUUUACAGAAUCAAUUCCAAAGUCUGCUGCAGGAAAAAUUCUUCGAAAAGAACUUAAGAGUUUCAUAAGUUCUAGACUUUAAGAUUUUUGUUCUGGUAGAGCUGAUUUUUUCGCAGAUUUAAUUCUGACAAGGUAGGACAUUCAGCUACAAAGACAAUUAUAAUUCUGUUUGUCUAGGUAAACAGCAGCAAUCUGCAGCUACUUGUAUUAGUCUUGAAGGGAUAGUACAGUUUAAUGGUUCAUAGGGUCCAAAAGACCUAUGUGGGAUUUCAGCAUCAUGUAUAAGAUACUUUUUGCUACCUUGUCUUUGUCAUUAUUUUUAAGUUCAAGUUAGUUAAAAUUGUCUUAAUUCAGCUCUUCAAA